AGAAAGAGAGAAAGAGAAGCGAGAGCGCGAAAGAGAGAGAGAGAGGGAGAGAGAGGUAGAGAGAGAGAAAGGUACCGACGGAAGCGGAAGGGAGACCGACGUAUAUCCGCCGACCAAUACCGAUGCAAGGGGAGGAGGACGGGAGAGGAGAGUCAAGCCGAGUCGCGUUGGGCUAGGUCAGGUCUACCCGAGUUCCACACACACCGCGCUCUCUUGCGUGUGUCAUCCCGCCGAGGAGAACUACGCGAAGGCGGAGGCGCAACCCCUUAACGCGAAAAAGAGGGUCGCCGCGAAUUUCCGAUUCUCGCGAGUGCGGCUUCGCGAAAAAAAAAACGCUUGCGAGUUUUUCGAAAAGUCAGAAUCGGCGUUCGCCAAAGCACGCGUCCUGAUAACGAUAAUCGACGCUGAUCGGUGCCGAGGGAGUGCGAUUGUUCGCGAAAGCCGGCAACAGUGCGCGCGUUGUCGGACGACGCUUCGAGGGGGGUGACACGAGGGAGAUGCCUUGAUCGGCAUUUGUGAAUAUAAUCACGAGUGCAUUACACGCGUGUGUGUCCGAUCCAAGGAUCGAUCGAUCCAUCGAAAGGAGAGGAAUAUAAAAAAGAUCGCGGCUCCUCGAAGAGAAGAUUCCGUUCGCCGAUUCGUUGGGCGGUGAAGAAUUUAGCGUUGUUGACAAACAAGCUAAGGCGAUUGGAGCGAGGUAACCGAUCGACCGACCGAAUCUAGGAAUCGAUCGCAUUUCCCGAUGUCCUGAUAAUCGAUAAGCGUCGUCGUCGCGUAGGUGGCCGUUGUAGGGACCGCCUAGUAGUCAGCAAAAGUCGGGACAGCGAUCGGCCUUAUCGACGUAAUUUCUCGCCCUCGCCCUCCUCAGCGCGAUCCUCAGCGCGAUCAGAUCGGAGACAAGAUAAAUGUUGAGGGUAAACGGCGCCCUGCGUCGCUCGCCAGCGCGAGGCCAAGUGGAUCGAGCCCUGAAGGCGACCGGCGAAAUGCCGGUCUCUCUAAGGAACCAUAGAAUAACAUAAAGGGCGGCCUGCGAUGAUUUAGAGCCCCUUUUGCAGCGCGCACGCACGGUCGCGCAACGGCGAAAGGAUCGCGAGAGAAGAGAUAUCCUCGAGGUGACUCAGGGUGGUGAACCUAGCUACCUAUCUACACCUCGAGGAAUAACCCCGUCGUGGAUAUUGUUUGACGACAUCCUCCCGAUGCUCUGAAUUGAAGCUGUGAAUAUCGUUAAUCCGCAUCGAGAGAUAUCACGCGCGAAGAAUGGAGGCCAGCGAGUGGGAUCAUGCGACCUUGAGGGAGGAAGAAUUCGAGCAGCAUGCCGUAUAUUUGGUACCGGAUGUGGCGACAUCGCCGGGCGAUACCAAUCGUGCGGAAGCAUCUUUGCCGCGAAAUCUGGUCCUCAAGCCCUCUCAAGCUCUAAACGAUGUGUUGGGCGUAUGGAGCACCAGUUACAUCCCUAAAGGGACACGUUUCGGCCCAUUGGUCGGUCAGGUGUAUACGAAGGAUUCGGUACCAGCAGACGCGAACCGUAAAUACUUCUGGCGGGUAUACAAGAACAACGAGUUGUUCUACUACAUCGACGGUUAUGAUGUCCAAAAAUCGAAUUGGAUGCGUUACGUGAAUCCCGCCUACUCGUCCGAAUCGCAAAACCUAAUAGCAUGCCAGUAUAAGAUGAACAUUUAUUUUUACACAAUUAAGCCGAUAUUACCGAAUCAAGAGUUAUUGGUUUGGUACUGCAGGGAAUUCGCGGAGAGGCUCAAUUAUCCGUUCACUGGCGAGCUAAUGCUUCAGAGAAUACGGCAACAAGUACAACAGUCAACGCUACCAACGGAAAUUUCACCUAGUGUCGACGUGAUGCCUCUGAAAGACUCGUCAAUUUACGAAAGGCGUCAGAUGACGCCAACAGAUGGUUCCGUGAGAUCAGACGAAGGUUACCACUCGAAUUACCACGACGAGAUUCUGACACCACCUGAGGAAAGCAGCGAAUCCGAUAGUGAAAACAAUUAUGUGCUAGAUUUUAGUAAAUCAUCGGUAUGCGGCAAUGAAAUUUUGAAACAAGACAAUACUGCAACGAAGAAUGAAUACAGAAAGGUCAAGAUCAAGAUAUCCAAAACCUAUGGCAACUUCCAGGCAACAAAAAGCAUAACCGACAGCCCGACGAAGGAAAAGGACCAAGAACUGUCCAAUCGAGCGGUUACCCCGGAACUUCAGAAACCAGUAUCGCCCAUUAUUCUGCAGAAGAAUACGAUAUUGUCAACUGUAAACGAAGAUGAGAUAGCCGAAAAGAAUCCAAAGCCUUUCUAUGAACCGGAGGUAAAAAACGGCAGCCUAUCCAUGUCUGGCAGAUCCGCCUACCUGGUCAACUCACCCAGCAGUUCCAUCUUGGAAAACAUUCUACUACGCAACAGUACGGAUAAUAAUAACAAUAACAGUCACGGUCAUCAUCAUAAUAGCGGCUCACAACAUCAUCAGCACCAUCAAAUGCAUCAUCAGACUCACGUGGAUUCGGUGACGCCGCCACCCUCCAGCCCCACCGAAAUGGCGUAUUCUUACAAAAAAUCUCAUCGUUACGGUAACCUUCUACCCUGUAGUCCAGACUCUAGCUCAAACUUGCCCCUGCAAGCAGACACGUGCGUCAACUCGACCAGCGGUAAUAGCGUUGCAUUGCCCGGCAUGCAGAGCCCCACCGGCAACAUGCACUCCAGCACGGGAGGACCGCAUUCGAGCACCGGAGGAAGCAACGGUAGCUUGCCGAUGCAUCCCGGAAACUUACACUCGUCCAGUAGCGCUGGCGGCAACAUUCAUUCCAGCACAAACGUACUCUCAUCUAAUGCAAUACUGACGUCUACCAGCAAUCUGCAUCCGGCAUCCACGACGAUGAACGGUUGUCCGCCAAAGCGAAAGACCAAAUCGCCGUCGCCGUCAUCGAGUCAGAAUGGCAUUUCUACUCCGACGACGAUCCUUUAUUCCGGCAACUCGGGCACUACCGGUUCGGGAAGUUGUCAAAUCGAAUCUGCCAAUCCGGUUUAUCCGAAUUCCGCCGGUAGUAGUAAUAGCGGUAGCAGUAGUAAUCCGAGCAUCUCACCAAUCUCGCCGAUCCAAUCACCCUCGUCCUACGGUCCGUACGGCAAUUUGUACGGUCAUCAAAACGGCUCGCUGCACCAUAAUGUGGAAGCGCCGUUAUCCAUCAACUGCACCGCUUAUUCGCCUACACCGAGCAGCAACGUCAGCGUCUACGAAAGGUCUACGGAUGGCAGACGGUUGGAGGCAGCUACCAGUAGCAACAGCCACCAAUUACCCACCUCGUCGACUAUGCAAAUUGACAGUAACCAAGCGUUGAUCGCAGGAACGCACAAUCUCCAUUUGGGUCAUCAUCCAGGUCUCACUAUUCAUCCUAACUCUUCGUCGUUCCUAAAUAGAUAUUCGCCGAGUUCUUUGUCGCCGGACGAUCACGGUUGUUCCCAGAGCGGCUCACUCAGUCCCAACUCCCAGGGCUCGAGGGGCUAUAGAUCGCUGCCUUACCCGCUCAAGAAGAAGGACGGCAAGAUGCACUACGAAUGCAACGUUUGCUGCAAAACCUUCGGUCAGCUGUCGAACCUCAAGGUGCACCUCAGAACACAUUCCGGCGAAAGGCCCUUCAAGUGCAACGUUUGUACCAAGAGUUUCACGCAGCUGGCACACCUCCAAAAACAUCAUCUCGUACACACUGGUGAAAAGCCGCAUCAAUGCGAGAUAUGCAAGAAGAGAUUCAGCUCGACCUCGAACCUGAAGACCCACCUUAGACUACACUCUGGUCAAAAGCCGUACGCCUGCGAUCUUUGUCCCGCCAAGUUCACUCAGUUUGUCCAUUUAAAAUUGCACAAGAGGCUGCACACGAACGAGCGGCCCUACACCUGCCAGGGUUGUGACAAAAAGUACAUUAGCGCGAGCGGCCUCAGGACUCACUGGAAGACAACAAGUUGCAGACCGAACAACAUCGAGGACGAACUCGCGCUCGCCGCGGCCGUAGGUUCACCGACGUAUUACGAGUACGGUCCUGACAUGAAUGUUGGAAAUAUGCCCAAGGAAUGCGAGUUGGAGCACAUCGAUAAUUACGACAGGCAUGGCUCAGCGCAUGGCCCGCACUCCACGUCUCUCCAUAAUCUGGAAAAUUCCGUGGGUAGGCCGAGCGUUAUAGAAACGUCCCAGCCGCAUAUUAUCGAAUGUACAUAAGUCACAUGAUGGGGUAUCAGCCCCUUUCUCGCUCCGGCGUAAAAUGUAACCGUGGAAAUGUAAGCGAGUUGCUCGCGAUCGACUAGAGGAGAGAAUGGGCAAGAAAAGUCUUCUUCUGGAAUGGCAGCAAGUGUAACGAGUUAACUAAUAUAGAACGAAAAAUUUUCAUGAACGUCUUUCUGUUUUUGAUAAAAUGUGAUAAAUUUAAAGCGAUAAAAUAACUUUCAUAUUUUUUUAUCAAUACUUUCAUUUAUGAAUUUAAAUUAUCCAAAUUCUACGUUUUGGGAGAGAAAAAUAACUUUUUAAAAAGAUCGCAUGCCUUAAUAUCUAAUUUUUUUUUUUAAUUUUUAUCGACUUUUUCAGUUUUAUUAUCUUUAAUUUUUUUCAAGUUUCAGGUUGAUUUUAAACGAUAAACAUAUUAAUAUUUAAACAUAUUAAUAUUUUAUGAUAAAUUAUAUAAAUGAUAGUGACAUAUAUUUUUCAUCAUUUGGCUAUAAUCGAUUGAAUUAUUGAUUUCAAAUGCUAAAUUUAAAUAUUAAUAGAAAUAAAGAAAAUUUUAAUUUUUUUAUAAAAAUCAAUUAUGAAUUUCAUUAAAAAACAAAAAAAAAGUCAACUUCUUUUAUAAAUAAUGUGAAAACGCAAGAAUAGAUCACGAUAUACAUCGGGAAAUUUAUAAAACAAUAAAUCAUUAGUUGCAUGAUAAAAAAAAAAUCGUUCAAUCGAUUGAAAUAACCGCCAGUUUAAAACAAUAUAAUUUCUUAUAUUAUUUAAAAUUUUGUUACUUUAGUGCCAAGGGCGAGAUCCAAAAAGAUAAAUUUUUUUAAGGGAAUUGACAAAGCUUUUCCUAGAGACGCAUAAAAUGUUCCUUCUUUAUAAAUAUAUACUCGUUCCUAUUUUUUUCUAUAUUUUUACUCGUCAUCAACAAAGAGUGUAACGUUCAAAAUUGAGUUUGAAUGUUUAAUCAACAUACGAUAAAAUCGUGAUGUUACCAUUCCAAGAGAAAUGGGACGGAGUAUAAACAUAUGCAUAAUAAAGUACCAAAGUCGCUCGGAUUUCUCCGAGAAAUUUUCUCGAUUACUUUUCCACGAUGCAUCUUAGGGUCGCAUGUCGAAGAUGGUGAUAAUGCAAUAAAUCGCGCCAAUGAUUUUAAUAAAUAAUCUUUAAUCAUUUAAAAUAUAUCGAAUUGAUUAGCGAUCUUAUAAAUCGAUCUGACUUUUUACAUAAACAUUGCAAUUUUACUUUUCUUAGAAAUAAUUAAAUUAUUUCUUAAUACAUUCAUUUAAUGAUGUACAUAAGUAACGGCAUUAUAAAUAUAAUUGCUUCCCAAAUCUGAGUAAUAAAUAUUAAAAGAAUAAGAUCAAUUUGAAAAAUUGUCAGAAAAUCGCAAUGACCAUCACAGCAUCAAAUGUAUUUAAAAAAAAAAGAAGUAAACAUUUUACAUAUCGUAUGUUUAGUUUUUCCAAAACGAAAUGUCACGAUAUCUUCGACGUGCUUAAGUCGAUGUGUAAAAUGGCGGAUUUUGUCGGCACCCGUCAUGAGAUGUUCGCAUAAUGCGCAAGCAACAACAGCAAAGAGUAACAAAAAGAAUACGAACAACCAGAGACGACACGACUGCAACUAUACGAGACCUGUACCUGUAUAUACUAAUAUUACUCUAUUAAUUAUUCAAUAAUUUAAAAAAGAUAAUAUAAGAAGUUCUAAUUUAUGAAUACCCGUGUAUAUAUAAGUAUGCGUGUAUGUGUGUGUGUAUCUAUGCGUAUAUAUACAUACGUGUGUACAUUUGUAUUAAGUAUAUAAAUUUACAUGUAUACACACGUUUGUAUAUGUACGUGUGUCUGUGUGUGUGCAUCGUUGCCGGUUAGCGAACGGUAUACUGCGCUUUACGGUAACUUUUCGCGGUACAAAUUUUAUUAAAAAUAGAAUAAUUUAUUAAUGCGUGUUGUAUAAAAAAAAACAAAAAAAAAAACAAAAAACAAAAU